AUGGGGCUUUCGGUUCUACGGCCAUCCCUGUCCCUGAUACCUUCGCCGCUCCGUAGCAGACCUCGGAGCUUCCCCCUCUACAGGAGGCGCUCCGUGCCGGCCGUCCGGAUUUGUAAAAUCGCGGUACCAGAGGCGGCGUCGCCGUCCCCGGCGCCCGGAGGAAAUUUUUCCGUCUCAUUUUACUUGCUUUCUGCUCAUCUCGCCGCCGCGCCGCUCUGUGCUGACGCUUGGAGGUUGUUCAGGUGCGGAGGAAGCCCUCUUCGGGUUCAUCGCCGGGAAGAAGAGGGCGACUGAGGUGGCUCACUCGUAGGUGUCCUUUCGUUCCUCGUGAUUGUCUCAUUUUUACAUCUCUCGUUUGAUUUUAAUUCCAUUCAAUCCUGUGGUAAUCUGAAACAGUGAUAAUUUAUUUAUUUAUAUUUUUCUGGUAUAAUUAAUACUUUGUAUUUUCUGCUAGUUUGACUCAGACUGCGAUGUCGAUGCCAUGCAUCAUUGCUGUUAGAAUAGAGGAGGGGAAUUCUCACAAUGGUAAUAGUGAUGUGGUCAACAGGGGUAGCUGCCCCAGCUGCUUGCCCUGAGGAUACGAGUGACCACUGUAGAAGACAGGUCGCUGGGUUUGUAUCUGGUAAAGUAUGAGUCUGGCCAAAAAAGCAAAAACGUAGAACUAGAGGAAGUCAACAGGAAGGAACAAUCCCUAGAGGAGUAGGAUCUUGAUGAUACGAGGCAUCUCAUCUGAUUAUUGUUCCUCCAAAGCGGCACCUAGGUGGGGACUUACUCGAGUGACACCCAAGGGAGGAACCUUAAUUGCUUUAGAGUUGACUGCAGAGAAGAGUCAAUGGAGGACCAUUACUAGGCAAGUCAACCGUGAAGAAUGGUAAUGUUUAUGCUAACAAUAACAUUCAUUUAUUCACAAUACACGCCCAUGGAUUGGUCUCUUUGCCUCUCGUUAUGGCGCCAUCAUCUGUACCAAAUCACCAUUGACUGACAGUUCUUUCUGGUGUCAAUCUCAGAUCAGUGUGAAAUUCGGACAAAAGAAUUUAUUUUUAUUUACAUACCCAUCAUGGGCUUUGGUUGAUUAAAUUAUUAUUAUUAUUAUUAUUAUUAUUAUUAUUAUUAUUAUUUCAUUCAUAAACUGUGUUAUUGAGUUAUACUGUUGAAUAUUUAUUGGGAUCUUAUCCAAGGGUGUGGAGAAAUGUUCUCCGCAAAGGAGAUUGUGCGAUCGAUGCUACAUGUGGUAAUGGCCAUGAUACGCUGGCCUUGCUUAGAAUGGUGGCCGAUGAGUCUGGUAGCGGUUUUAUCUACGGGUUUGAUAUCCAGAGCUCAGCGAUAGAGAGCACACGCUGCCUGUUGGAGGACUCCCUCGACCCAGACCAGGUCCCACCCACCCUCCCUUCUCUCUCUCUCUCUCUCUCUCUCUCUCUCUCCAAGCUUGAUAGCUCUGCUGGUGUCAAUUAGGAUCUUAAUCUGUUUCCACAACACUAACUGUCGCAAUUUCAUUGCUCUACCGUAGAGGAGACUUGUUAAGCUCUCCCUCCUUUGUCACAGUAAGAUGGAGGAAGUCCUCCCAGAAGGCACCAUGGUCAGGUACUCAAGACCUCUCUGACCCCCCCCCCGAAUGCUACAUUCAUAGUCCAUGCCCAUUUGACUUUUUAUGGUACAUAAGUCAACUUCGGCUGGUCCUACUUUAUUUUCUAUGCAGGCUGGUGGCAUUCAACCUGGGUUACCUCCCCGGAGGAGGUAAAGACAUAAUAACUCUCCCCGGGACGACCCUCCCAGCGCUUCACGCCGCCAGCAGAGUUCUUGCUCCUGGGGGCCUCAUAAGCGUUCUAGUCUACGUCGGCCACCCUGGUGGAAGGUGCGCCUUACCACGACCUCCGUUGACCUGGUGACCCGAUGAGCAAAUUUUGACCGGGAAAAAAUAAAUCCCUUUAAUUGUAUUUAUUUAUCUGCCUUCAUAGGGAGGAGCUGGAGACCGUACAAUCCUUCGCGUCCAGCUUGCCCGCCGAGUCCUGGUCCUGCUGCAAGCUAGAGAGGCUCAACCGGCCCUCGGCUCCUCUUCUUCUUCUCCUGCUCAAAAAGUGA